CAGCCCCAAACCCUCACUACCCUCUCCGUCUCUCGCCACCAACCGCGCCGCGCCGUCACUGGCCAUCCCCUCGCCGCCGGCGCCUCCCCGCCGCCACGCCAUGCUUCGGCUCCGAAGCUGCACCCUCACCCAGCUCCUCUCUUCUCCCUACACCUCCCAUGUCUCUCCUCUCCACCGCCUCCUCUCCGCCGCAGCCGCCUCCGGCAUUUCUCCGGCAGCUUCCCCAGGCUUUGCCGCCGAGGAGUACCUCGUCUCCACCUGCGGCUUGACCCCAGCCCAGGCCCUCAAGGCCUCCACCAAGCUCUCCCACCUCAAGUCCCCCGCCAAGCCCGACGCCGUCCUCGCCUUCCUCGCCGGCAUCGGCCUCUCCGCCGCCGACGUCGCCACCGCCGUCGCCAAGGACCCGCUGUUACUCUGCGCCGGCGUGGAGAGAACCCUGGCCCCCGUCGUCGACGGGCUCACCGGCCUCGGCCUCUCGCGCUCUGAGGUCGCGCGCAUCACCGUGCUCGUCCCCGGCAGCUUCCGCUGCAGAUCCAUCGUCUCCGCUCUACACUACUACCUGACCCUCUUCGGGUCCAUGGACAACUUGCUCCGGCCGCUCAAACGCGGCUUCUGGCUACAUGGUGCUGACCUCGAGAGCGUGGUCAAGCCCAAUGUCGCGGUCCUGCGGGAGUGCGGGCUACAUGAUUGCGACAUUGCCAAGCUGUGCAUCCGUGUGCCAAGGAUCCUCAAAAUCAACCAGCAGCGCCUCCGGGCGAUGGUGGCAUGCGCCAAAGUUCUGUGUGUGCCACAUGGCCCUGGGAUGUUACGAAAAGCGUUGGAGGCUGUCGCCUUCUCUGACGAGGAGAAGAUCGCCACCAAGGUGGAAUACCUGAAGAAGACAUUUAGGUGGUCAGAUACUGAGGUGGGCAUUGCUUUGCCCAAGAAUCCGAUGCUGCUGAGGUCUUGCAAGGAAAGGCUGCAACGUGUCGCAGAGUUCCUCAUCUCCGAGGUGGGGUUGGAACCAGGGUACAUUGCUCAUCGGCCGGCGCUUCUCACUUACAGCCUGGAUGAUCGGCUCAGGCCCCGGUACUAUGUGUGAAGUUUCUCAAGGAAAAUGGAUUGCUACAUCGCGACCGGGAUUACUAUUAUGCAGUCGCGGUGACUCCGAAGGUAUUCAUGGAGAAGUUCAUAUUCCCACACAAUGAAGCUGCACCGCACCUUGCUGAAGACUAUGCAGCAGCUUGCAGAGGGGAAGUGCCCGCUAGAUUCAGAUUUACAUGAACCAAGAACGGGCUUUGAAAAUUGGUAAUUUGUGUGUGGCGCAACGAAGUUUUCAUUUAGUUUAGUAAGCUGGUAAUUCCUGUUUCGGUUUUCUUUUUCCUAACUGGAUGUUUGUUGUCUACUAUCAAUUCAUGAACCCCAAUGAGUUCAUGUCUCACUGGGUAGAGAAGAAAGCAUCGCUGGCAAUAUCUGAAGAUGAGAUGUCCAGAAAUGUAUUUCUCUUUCUGACUUGUGCUUAAGAUCAUGUAAACUGGAUGUAGGUUGUACUAAUUUUCUGUUGAAACAAGGACCCAGAGAACCAGAAAGCAAAAGAAUAACCCUGCUUUUUUUCCCAUUGAAA